CUGCAGUGUCGUUGUAUCGUUGCAUGCUGAAGGUCAGCGCAGUUUCCUCAGAAACCGGUGGAUUUUCUUUCGUUCGCUUGUAGCUGGAUUGCUGCCAGAGAGCAAAAGAUGUCGGGGAAGGAAAGGAUCGAAGUCUUUCCAUCGCGAAUGGCAAAAACUAUAAUGAAGGCCCGGUUGAAUGGUGCUCAGACUGGUCGUAAUUUACUGAAGAAAAAGUCUGAUGCUCUUACACUCCGCUUCAGACAAAUCUUGAAAAAGAUCAUAGAGACCAAGACAUUGAUGGGUGAAGUCAUGAGGGAAGCAGCUUUUUCCUUAGCUGAAGCUAAAUUUACUGCUGGAGAUUUCAGUACUACUGUGAUCCAGAAUGUGAACAAGGCUCAGGUCAAGGUCAGAGCUAAAAAAGAUAAUGUAGCAGGUGUUGUACUGCCAGUAUUUGAACAUUAUCAGGAAGGAGGAGACAGUUAUGAGUUGACUGGCCUGGCCAGAGGUGGAGAGCAACUGGCUAAAUUGAAGAGGAAUUAUGCUAAAGCAGUGGAACUUCUGGUUGAACUGGCAUCAUUGCAGACUUCAUUUGUGACAUUGGAUGAAGCUAUUAAAAUUACAAAUAGGCGUGUAAAUGCAAUUGAACAUGUGAUAAUUCCUCGGAUUGAACGCACUUUGUCUUACAUAAUUACUGAGUUGGAUGAACGAGAAAGGGAGGAGUUCUACAGAUUAAAAAAGAUCCAGGAAAAGAAAAAGCAGUUGAAGGAAAAGAGAGAAAAAGAACAGGAGGGUCAAAGACUAAAACAUGAUAAUGCACCGGCCAACCUACUUGAAGAUGAAAAGGAUGAGGACCUGCUCUUUGACUAACCUAAUCAAGUGGCUUCAGUUGCCUACCUUUUAUUGAAACAGCAAGCACUCAGCUUACAAUUUAAAUAGUGAUGUUUAUGUAUGUGUUCUAUUUAAUAGACAGUGUUGAUUUGCAAAUCCAAUUGUAUUUGUCAGGUGAAACCUAUGUUUCGCAAGUUCACAAGUUUUUACAUUACAUGUAAACAAGACAUUUGAUUCUUGCACACUUAUCUGUGCAGUAUGGGGAUAUAAUUAUUCACUGUUAUCCUGUACAAUGAGCUUAUGAAAUACAUUCCUUGCAAACGAAGUUGAUGAUUAAAUGGUUUGAAAAAUCA